AUGUGCGAUCGUUUGCGCUCCGCCCCGCAGGGCUUGGCUGGGGCAUGCUUGCCUGCUGCAGUGCUCGACUCGAGGGGCCUCGCGGGCAGCUCAAGCAGCGCUGCAUCAGCUGCUGCUGCUUCUCAUUCUGCAAAUGAUUUAUCUGGGAAAGACCCGCGCAGCCCAACGAGGCAAACCAGCCGCUUCUUAGACCCCCCAACUGCAGCAGCUGCAGCAGCCGCCUUUACUGCGGGGGACUCCGCAGGUGCUGCCUGCGCGCCCUUGGCCGAAGGCUUUGUGAUUGCCAACGCUGAGACUUUGCAAGGCAGCAGCAGCUAUGAAACCUUCACAAGUUUGAGGCCCCAGAGAGCUCAGCAGCUGGAGGAGCAGCUCCUUAAAAGACAGGAGUAUGAGGCUCUCGUGGCUUGCAGCUCCCUUUCCCCGCCCUCCAUUUGCCCGCAGAAGUGUGAAUGCCCAGGGCUGCAUCAGGAGCAUGCGCAGCAGCAGCAGCAGCAGCAGCGGACACUGCAGCAGCGGCCGCAGCCGCAAAUGCACCAGCAGUUAGGGGGGCAGCGACAACAGCAGCAACGGCAGCAGAAAACUAGGCAGCAGCAGCAGCUGAAAUCACAAAGUCCUCAGCAGCAGCAACAGAUGCAGCAGGGACAUAACGCGCAUCCUCGGCAGCAACUGCCAGAGCACCCUCAACAGCAGCAGCAGCAGCAGCAGCAGCAGCCGCGGCAGCAAGACCAGCGGCAGCAGCAGCAAACUACUUCAAAGGGGGGCCGCCGAAGAACGCGAAGGGGCGGCCAGCGACAAAGAAAUAGCGAGACGCAGGGGGGGCCCCCUCAAGGGCCAAUCGCAGACUCCACGGCCCCCCCGGACUUCCCUUCUGCAGCAGAAGGCCUUAUCAAAGGCAUCGAUAUCCCCAGCAGCAGCAGCAGCAGCAGCAGCAACAACACAGGGCAGUGGUCGUUACAUGCUCCUCUCCAGACACGUUCGAGUCCUGUGGGGGCCAUGCUUGUGGUGUCGCCUGCCUCUGCAGCAGCAGCAGCAGCUGGGGGGCCCCCUGCAUGCCUCAGCGAGCAGGCGGUGCCGUGGGGCUUCUCAGCGGGGGCCCCAAGCAGCAUUUUUGAAGAACUAAGAAGGGCCCCCCAAGGCCAAAGGCCGCUGCAUGCAAGCUCGGGUGAAGAGGGGGCCCCUGAGGCGGUCUCGCAGGCCAGUUUGUACUACGGGAGCCUUUCUCCGGGCCAGGAGGAGGCCCUGGAGGGGCAGCAGCAGUACCCAGUGGCCCCAGGGGCCCCCUUGGCUGCGCAGCGGCAGCAGCAGCAGCAGCUGUUGCAGCAGCAGCACCACCUCGGGAUCAGCUUCGAAGAACAGGUGGAGAUGACCCGCCUCGUCAUGCUGCACCAGGGCACGCUGCAGUGGGAAGAGGCCCCUAUUCAAAUGUUUGCACCGGAGUUUGGGGGGCUCCCCCCCGGCGAGGGGCCCUUUACAAUAGAGGGUAUUGAGACUUAUGGGGCCCCCAGUGGCCCGCAGCUGCCCCCAGAGAUCCCGCCUCUGCCUAAGCCGGAGGAAGAGGCCCCUGAGUGGGCUGACGAGGACGGAAUGGCUGUAGAAGGGGGCCCCAGGCCAGAGCUGUUGGGGGCCCCCAUGGGGGGCCCCCCAGAUGAACCCGUGGAGGCCUCUUAUGCGUGGCCCUUUGCAUGCAGCGUCGUCUCGAGCCAUUCGCGCCAGGAGCCUCAGCAAGCGUCUGUAGCUUUUAUGGACACUUACGAGCUAGGCAGCGACAGCAGCUGCAGCUGCUGCCACUACGACUGCAGCAGCAGGGGAAGCGAAGACGACAGCAGGAGAAGCAGCUGCAGCAGCAUCAGCUGCAGCGGCAGCAACCCCUCAGAAGAAGAAUCCAACUCGGGGGACAGCGGCGACGGGGCUCGCCUUGCCCCAGAGCAGCAGCGCCGCGUGUCAGAUAUGACCAGCAGCAAAAGCACCAGACGCAGCAGCAGACGCCGCUCUGUGGAAGCAGCAGCAACUGACCACUGGAAGCUCCAGAGGGGACAUGUGACGACAAACAUCUCAGAAAUGUCCUCAAAGGAAGCAGCAGCAGCCAGUAAAGCAGCAGUCUCAGCAGCAGCAGCGAGUGGCCGGAGCCUGUCGCCUGAGUGCAGCGCGCACUCGAGUUGGAGCUCACCCAUGGCCCGAAGCAGCAGCAACAGCAGCAGCAGCAGCAGCAGCAGCAGCAAGGAUCACGGCAGCUGCAGCAGCAAGGAGGACGACGGCAGCAGCAGGAGAGAGCGGGCCAGCCGGAGUCGACGGCGACGGCCCCUCCAGUCCGGAGAGGCCUCCAGAGAGUUUGCCCACGAGGGUUUGAAGCGGCUUCGGAGGGGCCCCCGGCUGCUGCAGCAGCGGGGGGGCCCCCCGGCCCCUUCGGGGCCCCCGCAGCAGCUGGGGCGCCUGGGGCCCGUGCACGAGCGCAUGGUGAUCUUUGACUGGGAUGACACAUUCUUUCCGAACUCUUGGAUUGCUUCCAGAGGCCUCAGCCUGGUUUCCGACCCUUCGGAAUAUGCUGCGGACUUGCCGCUGCUGCAGCGGCUGACCCAGAGCAGCCGCAAAGUGCUGCUGGCUGCUCGAGAAAUCGGCAGAGUUGUACUCAUUACCAACGCAGCUCAAGGCUGGAUCGAUGAGACCUGCAAGCGUUUUCUCCCUGGCCUCUGGCCCCUUGUAGAGACACUCCGCAGGACCUCCGCCAGGUUCCUCUUCGACUCGCCUUCCACGGAGUCCCCAUUUGUCUGGAAGCGCCUGGCCUUCAAAGAGGAGGUGGACAGACACCUGAGGGAGCACAAAUGCUGCAGAACUAUCCUCUCCAUUGGAGACGGGCCCCACGAAAGAGAUGCUCUUUUCUUCUUAUGCGAAUCAGCGGCAGCGAAGGCUGGAUACGACUUCACCUGCAAGUCUCUCAAGCUGAUGGAUAUGCCUUCUCUGAAGCAUUUGAACAUUCAACACUCCUUGCUGCUGCACACGCUGGACUACCUGCUGGGUCACGACGGCCACUUGGACUUGUGCGUGAGAGCCCCCCCGUCCAUUGAAGCCCCCGUUUGUUCUGAAGAACUGGACACGAGUUACGAGGAGCUGCCGCUGCCAGCCAGCGAGAGGAGUGGCCGGGCUCUCCGAGCAGCAGCAGACGCAGAAAGCAACUUCGACGACCCCGUGAACGCUGCAGUGCGGCUCUUGAACUUGAACUGGCGGCGCUGCAGCAGGGGCGCCGCUUCGCUGCUGCACAUCGACCACCACUCCAGCUUGACUGUUGGCUGCCGCACUGCCAUGCUGCCUCAGUAG